AUGAACCAAGUAGGCGAGCAAAACCCUAACUAUAAACAAUCGGAUUUCAACAAAAAAAUAAAUAAGAACCACCG